CUCUUAAAGCUGAGCUGGCUGUUGGGCUGUUUGGGUUUUAUUCCUGUCGACGACUUUCUCCUGAGCGGACACCACUUACAAAAAGAAGAUAUAUCUCGGCAUUAACACUCACUGCACCAGUCUACUAUCCAAAAAUACAACUACAGUCAACGAUAAAAGGACUUUCAGCUGUUGAAAAUGGACCCCGCCAGUCAAGAUAUCAACCUGAACUCUCCCAACAAGGGUCUCGGCGUGGAUCAUUCGGACAGCAUGGCCGACGUGCCGGUGGAGGGAGCGGUGGCGAACUCGGUUAACCCUCUUCCACCGGGUCUGACGGAGGAAGAGGCCGAGGAGCUCCGCACCGAGCUCAUGAAGGUGGAGGAGGAGAUCAACACCCUGCGUCAGGUUUUGUCGGCCAAAGAGAGACACGCUGCCGAGCUGAAGAGGAAGCUCGGCCUCAGCCCGCUCAACGAACUCAGGCAGAACAUCACCAAGAGCUGGCAAGACGUACAGACCUCCAAUGCAUAUCUGUCUGCCUCAGCCACUUUGGAUGACAUUACCCACUCUGAAGCAUACAAAAAGACUCAGGAGACUCUCUCCCAGGCGGGACAGAAGACCAGUGCAGCUCUCACCACAGUGGGCUCGGCCAUCACCAGGAGACUGGGCGACAUGAGGAACUCGGCGACCUUCAAGUCCUUCGAGGAUAAGAUGGGGAACCUAAAGUAUAAGGUCGUGGGUACCAAAGGGAACGGUGACGUCAGCUCCCCAACCGAUACGACCCCGACUCAGGAGAACCCGCCAUUCUGAACCCACCCCACCUCCUCCUCCUCCUCUUUCUCCUCUUUCUCCUCCUCCUCUUCGCUGCCACCUUCCUCACAACCUGAGACUGUACUGUUACCACCUCACACCUGCAGAGUCAACCCCCUCCCUCCUCCCCCCCAAAACCUCACUCACUUGCCCCCUAAAGUCAGAUGGAGGUGAGAGAGAGAGGAGAGGGGAGGGGGUUCGUGAUGAGUUGAGGUGCUGCUCCUCUUCUGCCUCAAUGUUCUGCUGAUGUCUAAACUUUAAAUCAUGAAUCAUUUACACACCUUCCUCCUCCUCCUCCUCCUCUUCCUCCUCUUCCUCUUCAGUCUGAACACGCUGACACUCUUAAAACGCCUUUUUUUUUCCUCCUCCGUUUUAAAGCAGGUUACUCUUUCAGCACCUGUCUUAAAAAAAAAAAAAAAAAAAAAAAAAAAACCCACCCUGCUGUGAAUUAAAUGUUUAAUCAGGAUCUCUGCAGGCUGACGGUGUGAAGGAGGAUCAACCAGUUUUAAAUGCUACUUAAAACCUGCUUUUCCUGUCUCCUCUUGUUUCUCUAACUCUUAUCAGCUGCUUUAAAUCAUGCAUCCACACUGUGAGCACAUGCACCCCCCCCCUCCU